CCACAAUUUCCACUCCCAGGAAGAGAGAACAGACUUGUGCACCAACAGACAGCAGAAGUGUUCUCAACGGCAUUACGUCUCAAGCUGGAAAUACCCAAAUGCACGCCAGGAGUAAAAUGGAUACCCUUUCCUCUGCCGUCCGCGCUCUCUUCUUUGGUCGCCGAGUCCUUGGCAGACGUGAAAAUGGCCACAAGCUUCCUAGUGCACGACAACAUCUGGUUCGCCAAGGUCAAGCAUGAUGAUGCAGAAAGGAGAUGCCACCAGCAGAUGCACGGCCUCUGGAAGGUUCCUCACCCGGAAGACGGCCGCCAGCGAAAUCUCGCGACAGCUCUGAGAUCUCGCGAGAGCCAGAGGAACCAUCCAGAACGCCACAACCACCAGAAGUUCGGGCGCGGGCGGCGCCCGCGGGCGAAUGAGGGAUGCAGAGAGCUGGUUAUCGGGAUUGCCAGCCUGGCAGCAGAGAGGAGCCUGCGAGGGGUGGAGCAGGAUCUGCAGCAGACUGUGUCCAAACUGGAGGCCCGGCUGAGGGCGCUGGAGAAGAGCUCGCCCGCUCACCGGGCCGCAGCCCCGCAGCCCCAGCGAGUGUCUCCCGUGCGCCAUGUGGGGCUCCCCACCCAGAAGGCGGCCUCCGCUGCGGACGACGAGGACCAUGACACUGACGUGUGUGGCAGCGACUAGGCGGAGGACAAGGAGGCUGACCGACUGUGGGAGGAGAGGCUGCGGCAAUACACUGAGAAGCCGGCCCUGGUGGCCAAGCCCUCCAUCCUGGACAUCAAGCCCUGGGAUGACGAGAUGGACAGGGCCUGGCUGGAGGCCUGUGUGCGCUCGCUCCAGCUGGACCGGCUGACCUGUUCCAAGCUGGUGCCUGUGGGCCACGGCAUCCACAGGCUGCAGGUCCCCUGUGUGAAGGAGGACGACAAGGUGGGGACGGACUUGCUGGAAGAGGGCAUCACCAGGUUCCAGGAGCACACGCAGAGUGUCCACAGUGCUGCUUUCAACAAGAUCUGAGCCCUGACACUGGGCCUGAGUGUGUGAAGUCUUGCAGCAGGUAAAGACCGAGAUUCAAAAAAAGUAAAACGGAGAAGUCAAUUUUAGGUAUAUACAACAGACGAUUAUAAAUGAGGGAAAAUG